AUGUUUCUCGUACCACUAAGAUUUGUGAUAUUAAUAUUAUUAGUUAUAAACAUUAUAACCGGGCAAAUUUUUCCAAGCGAUGUACAGAUCAGACAUAGAAGAGCUAGACUAGUGCGAAAUCGGAGACAUGGUAACCAUUAUUUAAAAAUUCAAAAGUUUUCUUCAGAUUUUGAGGAUGUAGCUAAAUUUGUUACUGAAUCUUCCGAUGUUAUUUAUGAUAAUUCUACAUUAACAAUUACUAAUGAGCAGAUUAUUAUUAAACUAUCGUCUGAAAGUCCAGAUGUUCAUAAACUCUCCAAAGAAGCGAACCAAACAAAGUUAGAUGUAAAUGUAAAUAUAAAAGUAAACUCAAACUCUCCUGUGCAUUCCAAUAACAGUUGGCAACAUAUUGACAAAACAGUGCUAUACAUGGGAGAAAAGCGAAUAUUUAAUCGAGCUGAUAAUGACGAGAAUGAUACUGUUUCUGAUAUGUAUUCAAAUAACGAUAUGAACUCCUCCAGAGAUUACAGUUCCGGGGAAAAAUCGUCCAGGAGGGCUGAAGUCGGUCGCGGUCAAGCUGAUAUUGUCACCCGUUUUUUACGAAUUGUAGAAUCUCAGCACCUCCUUGGAGAAAACUGCACCGCGGGCACUGACUUGAAUUUGGGUGAGGGGGUCGUGGAUAGAUAUGCUCAAGAAAGAUUUCGCGUCGAGGCAGAUAUAUGUGUUAAUAGGGCAAAUAUGUUAACGAGAAUUUGGAAAUACGCUGACCAGAAAGUUCUUAUGUCCGAGGAUUUACUCUAUUCAAUGGUUUAUUCCCUAGUCGAGUUUAACGAUGUAAUAUUCGCUGCAGGCAACUGUUACGCAGAACAUCAGUAUAAAGAUCAGUUGCUUUUUUGUCCUUACGCUUAUCGCCUGCCGGAGGGAAACAUCCUGGUAAAGGAUCUAUCAGUCGAAUACGAUUAUCUGGGCAACACAUCAGAAUGGUUCUACAUCGCCAGAAAAAAUGCCGAGAAAGUCAUCAAAGAAAACGAGCACUACACUCAUGGAUACAAAGCUCACAGACAUAACAACACAGCAAUGGGAAAUCGAAUUCCUCAAGAAAUCCUCUCAGUGCGAUAUGAAGACGGGAAAUGGUCUAAGCCGUAUUACGACUGUGGUGGGGGCAACAUCUGGAUGUUAACGUACACCGUACCCUUCUUUGGAUAUGUCAACAGCACCUACAUAUUCAAAGGAACAAGCGGUAUAGACAUCGAUCUAAGACGAGUAGACAUUGAUCAGUGUCCUCUUCCAAAGGGAGGUACACAGCUAAAUAUCUUUGCCGCAUCAGAUAAAUGCAAGAGAAGAACCACCAUGUGUGUCCCAAUUCCAGGAUUAGGAUUCCGGCGGGGAAGCUACAAGUGCGUGUGCAGACCUGGAUUCUAUUUUCCAGACAUAAAGGCCGAAAGGCGGUAUUACAACGGGACUGUCCUGGAGGAGGAGUACGAGAAGCGUAUGCUGGGCGAAGACAACCAAUACGAUAAAGAAGGGAUGUUCGAGUGCCUGACUUGUCCAGAAGGAUGUGAAUCGUGUGAGGAUGAACGACCCUGUGUGGUUACUCUAAACUGGGUUAUGCGGACAGUUAUUUUGAUUCUCUCAUGCGUUAUAAUAUGCUGUUUGCCCAUUGUUGUCUUUUUCACUUGGAAAUACGGAAAUGGAAAGGUUGUUCGUGCUGCAAGUCCUGUUUUACUCCGAGUGAUAGCACUGGGCGCCUUCUUCAUCUACAGUACUAUGAUUGUAAUGUACCCGAAACCGACAGUAUACACAUGUACCGCACGAGUGUGGCUUCGCGAAAUUGGUUUCUCCCUCACCUAUGGGGCUCUAAUGCUGAAAACUUGGAGAAUAUCCGUUAUAUUCCGAGUUCGUUCAGCUAAGGCUGUUAAGAUCACGGAUACGAAUCUGCUGAAGAGGCUGGGCGUAAUACUGACAAUUUUUACCGCUUUCCUGAUAAUUCGCACCCUGGUUGCGCCCCCUGUCGUCAUCGUAGGAAGGACCGCCGAUGAUCUGAAGGCCUAUCUCUGUAGGACGGAUUGGUGGGAUCACUUGUUCUCGACAUUGGAAGUCCUCUUUUUGGUUUGGGGAAUCAGACUGUGCAUUGUUGUGAGAAAAGCGCCAUCCGAGUUCAAUGAAAGCCGAUUUAUCUCCAUGGCAAUUUACAACGAGUUCUUAUUAUCAGUGUUUCUUAAUAUAUCAAUGUUGUUCUUGCAGAAACCCGCUAAUCCUGAUUUAAUGUACAUUAUAUUCUUCUGUCACACCCAGCUGACAGUAACUCUGCUUCUGUGUCUAAUAUUUGGGAGUAAAGUAUUCAUGGUGUUCAAAAAUAAAGGUCGAACUGACGAGAGCUCCAUGGUGUCAAAAAUACCAUCCUCGAAAUUUAUCACGAAAAGUCGCUCUGAUAAUCCGCAAUACAGCACCAACUCUUCGACUGGAGGAGGACCAGAUUUUACCUACUCUAAAUACAAUGAACAAGACGUCCAAGAGGAGUUUCUCAGACUUUAUACUCAACUUGAAAUACUACGUGAAAGGAAUAUGAGAAUGGGAAACAGACACUUGGCUUCAAAAAUAAUAGCAAUGCAAGAUGCAGCUAGAUCGCAUGAUAGUUCGGGUCAGAAUCCCAUUAAUUCCAGUACUAGUCUUGCUGCUAUUGCCGAUACCACCAUAGAAGACGUAUCGCCAAUAAAAAUAAAAAGACAGAGUGUAUCUUUCGCCGUAGAAACAAAACCGAAUGUCAAUGGAGAUACUCCAGUUGUAAAAGGCGAGAAAGAUGAUGAAGUUGUGACUACGACAACUGAAGAAAUUAUUGCAACAAGUUCAACAUAUCCCACUGCAUCACCUGAAACGAAACAGAAAGAAGCAAAAAAUUCUGGAUCUGACAGUAAUGGUCGCUAUCUUAUGUCUGGUCAUGCAAGAACCCAUUCUAUUGUUAUUAAUUUAGACGAUAAGAGCCGUUUCACUGAUGAAAUAACUGUUUAA